AUGAAGGAAAAGCAACACAUUCAAAGUGUUUUGGCUAAGCAAUCAAAUCAAGAUAAAAUUGAAUAUCGAGUUCAAUUAAAUGCAAUAGUUGAUUGCAUAAGAUUCAUUUUAUAUCGGGGAUUAGCUUUUCGUGGUCACAAUGAAUCUCAAGGUUCAAGUGAUAAAAUAAAUUUUCUUGAGCUUCUACAAUUUUUGGCAGAUCACAAUGAAUCUAUCAAUGAAGUGUUGCAAAAAGCUCCGAAAAAUUGCAAGCUUACCCAAUAUGAAAUUCAAAAAGACAUUGUGAAUGUAAUUGCACGUGAAACAUCCAAAACCAUCAUCCAGGAUCUUGACAAUGGGUUCUUUUCAAUAUUAGUUGAUGAGUUGCGUAAUAUCUCAGUGAAAGAGCAAAUGGCCCUCGUUCUUCGUAAUGUGAACAAAAAAGGAAUUAUUAUAGAGCGGUUCCUUGGUAUUGUACAUGUAGCAAGUACCACCGCUUUGUCGCUCAAAUAUGCUAUUGAAUGUUUACUUUGUGAACGUAAUUUGAGUUUAUCGAAACUACGUGGGCAAGGUUAUGAUGGUGCUAGUAAUAUGCAAGUUAUAGAUUUGCAACUUCAAGAGCUGAACAACCAUUUUUCAGAGGCAAAUACCAAUUUGCUACUUUGUAUGACUUGCUUGAAUCUAAGUAAUUCAUUUGUGGCUUUUGAUAAGGAAAAGUUGAUACGUCUAGCAAAGUUCUAUUCAUCUGAUUUUCCUGGGACAGAUAUCUUGGCACUUGGCUCUCAACUUUAG